CUUGGGCCAUCAACUUCUACUUCCCAGGGUGUGCAUUAGUAGUUAGGUGGGUUAGAAAUGGAGGAGGCAGGAUUCAACCAGCACUGUGAUAUGGGAUGAGGGCUUCCCGUGCUGCGACCUAACCACCGUGGUAAACACUGGCUCCUGGGCUCGGAUGUUAUGCGCAGGUAGUAUUCUGAUGCGUGGACAGCAGGAGUUCAGAGCAAGGGAAGCAGCAGGUCUUGGGCUCAGUGUUCCUGGGCUCUGUUCGUGCUCUGUCUCUGAGGGCUGUGUGACCAGUGUGGACCCGUUUCCUCCCCUCACAGCUCCUUAGGGCUGAGCUAAUGAAAGGGAGAAUUCACAGGGAAGUGUGGAAAAUGGGAUUUUCCAGGCUCUGGAAGCUUGCCCGGGGACCACAGCUCCGGCACCAGGAAUGGGCGGGGCUGGAGCCUGCAGGCCCAGGAGCCCCGCCUGCCCAGCUGUGUUUGAGCAACUGACCUGGCAACGGGUUGGGCCUGGUGGACACCCUCCGCUGCUGUCUACCCUGAGGCCACCAUGCUGCUUCUCGGGCUCCUGGUGCUGCAUUUUGCUCUGAUGGUCUCUGGUGAGGAUCUGACCUCAGCGGCCUGCCCUGGUUCAUAAAUGUCUCUGAGAGCCAGGGUCCGGGCACUGCCCUGCAGCCAUUCUCCUUCAACUGCUCCUCCUCCACGGCCAGCCUGGAGUUGCUCAGCGUUCAGCCACCCACCACCUUCUUCAAUCCACCCAGUCUGACCAGGUGGCAGGGGAGCUAUGUGGGCAAGGUGACCUUGAGCAGCUCAGCUCGGCUGAACGCCCUGGAGGUGAACCACUAUGAGCUGCAGCUGCAGUUCACGUGUGGCAACCAGGUGAUGCGGGGGCCACUCUCUGUGGAUGUGCAGCGGGACCCCAGCCGUGUCCGCUGUGCUGGUCGGUUUGCCAGCCCAGCUGGGGAAACCAUUCAGGUGCUGGAAACAAUCACGCCUGGGGCCCGGCUCUACACUCUGCUGCUCCCAGGCUUAGAACUCCAGGGCGCCCAGAUGAGCAUUAUCAGUGCCCAGGACCCCCCACACUUCCCUGGACCUUUCUCCAUCAAUGAGCAGGGAUGGCUGCGGGCACCACCCCAGGGCCUCAAAGGCCAGGCUCAGAAGGUCUUCCAGCUGCGGAUCUCAGUAUCCCUUAGACAAGGCCAAAGCUGCCAAGGGAUGGUGACGGUGAAGGUUUUGCCUGCUCCCUCCAGCCAGGUCUCUUUCCUGCAGCAUGCCCAGAAUAUCACCAUUCCUGAUAACCUGGACCCUGGGAGAGAGGUGUUUCACGUCCAGGCACGGGGCUCCGACGUGCGCUACGAAAUCCUCUCCCCGGUGCCCAGCCCGUUCUACUCCAUCGGCCGUGCCGACGGCGUGAUCCGGACCACUGCGUCCCUGGAGCUGGCUCGUGCCCCAGAUGCGGCAGUCACCAGGCUGCAGGUGAAGGCUUUUGAGCGGCUCCAGCCGUGGGCCGGCGCCAAGCUCGAUCUCACAGUGAUUGUUCAGGGGGCCAACCACUGGCCCCCACGCUGCUUCCCGGCACUCCUUGUGACUCAGAUCCCUGAGACUGCACCUGUGGGCAUGGUGCUGCGCACCCUGGACUGCACUGACCCGGACGCUGCUGACACCAUCCUCGACUACCAGCUGUGGUUCCACAGCCCUCUCAGCCCUGCCAGCCUUCGCCUUCGAGACAGUGUCCUGGAGGUGAAUGCCACCCUGGACUGUGACGCUCCUGGGGCCUGCAUGCAGCUUGCAGCCUCCAUCCUGGUGCUCGAUGGUGGUCAGCCCCAGAUGACCACUGAGGUGCCAGUAUUGGUGAUGGUGACACCCGUCAAUGAGUUCUCCCCAGCCUGUGUGCCACAAACGUUCCGGGUUCGGGAGGAUGCAGGGCCCCACACUCUGCUGGGCUCCGUGGUAGGCACAGAUCUGGAUUACCCACACAACAGCAUUGAGUACUACGUCUCAGGUGGGCCUGCCACCUUCGCCGUGGACCGUCUCAGUGGAGAGGUUCAGCUCCUGGGGCCUCUGGAUUAUGAGCAGCAGAGGUUGUACAGGCUGGCUGUCCUGCUGAUUGACCAUGGCCAAGACCAGGACCCCACUUACCACCGCUCAGGCUCCUGUACCAUUACCAUCGAGGUUGAGGACGUGAAUGACCAAGCCCCUGAGUGUGAGCCCCCCUUUCAGGAACUCACCAUCUACCCUCCCCCGGGCCGUAGCGUGGAGGUGACUAAGAUGUCAUGUCAGAUCCCCCAGGAGCCCCAGCGCCUGGCCUUCUCCUACAGCAUCGUGAGAGGGAAUAGCCAGAGGCGAUUCAGCCUGCAAGGGGCAGUCCUCAUGCACAAUGGCCCUGUGUUGGGGCUCCCCUGGCCAGAGCAGCCCCGUACCUAUGAGCUGCUUAUCCGUGUGGCGGACAAAGGCCCCUCCAGCCCCCACCUCAGCACCACGGCCACCAUUAUUGUGCAUCUCAUUCCCUGGAGGGCCAGCACAGUGGCUACCAGCACCCACAGAACCACAAUGAGGGUUUCCUCAACGAUGACACCCCUGCUUGUGACAAGCACAGAGGUUGUCUGGCAGCCAGAGUCCUGGUUUGUGGUGGUACUGACAGCGACUGGUGUGCUUGUCCUCUUGGCUCUGAGCUGGUCCCUUAGCAAGCUCACCCAGGGGUUGACCCAAGUGCUGCAGGCACCAAGCAAACCAGCCCAGGCCCUCCGGCUAAACAGCAUCCAGGGAGCUGACGGGUCCUUUGAAGGGUUCAUGGAGGCACAGAGGAUGGAGCUGCCCCAGGCACCAAACGGCAUCAUGAGCUUGCAGCAUUUUGAUGGCAGAACACAGGACUCUUCUCAAACCCUUUUACGCAUGGGCCCUCAGCUCAACUCAGGAUUUCCUGCUACCACCAAGCACCUACCACCUGCUUUUUCCUGAAUGGGGCCGAGACCACCUGUUCAACACGCACACCAGAGCCCGGCGCUGGGUCUGAGGCCAAGCAGCUGCUCCACUAUGGGUGGAAUUUUUUUUUCCCGUGAUCUUGAGCCAUGUUUCCAAGUUGAUUCGAUAAUAAACAAAAUUGCAAAUAGAAAAGCCCCAGCCUUGUCAUCUGCCUGUGGGAAAAGUGCUGAGAUCUGUGCUUCCUUGUUCUCCCUUGGAGAAGCGCUCUCUCUGGGUACACUCUAUGGAGAAGCAGGUUAUUUUUCUUGGAAGAAGGCAUUUUGCCAUGUACCUACAUUUGGAAGAAAUGACGGCUAUUACAUUUGUCAUUGUCUGAGGGGCCAGUUCAUUCUUCCCCUCAGAGGCCACCUGCUUCCGUUUCCUACUAAGGGGAGCACACUAUUGCUGUUUUUUCUUUUUCUUUUAAUAAACUUAUCUUUUAAUUCCAUUUUCCCACAAACUUUUGAAGUUUAUUCAUUUUCAUUUUAUUUGAAAGGCACAGAGAGAGAGAGAGAGAGAGAGAGGUAUCUUCCAAUGGCUGGUUCAGUCUCCAAAUACCUGCAACAGCCAGGGUUGGGUCAGGCAGAAGCUGGGAGUCGAGUUCCAGCUGGGUCCCCUGUGUGGGCAGCAGGGGUCCAAGCACUUGACCACAUCUGCUACCUCCCCAGGAUGUGCCUUAG